GUUUCAAUAUGGCGGCCUUGACAGCUGUGGUCACCAGCUUGUAGAGGGACAGAACGGGCAGGACGGCGAUGGGCCACGGCCAAUAUCUAUCUCGGAUUAAUAAAACUAUCGCCCGGUCUCAAAUGUUAGUGAUGAUUAAGUGAUAGUUACGGUGUUUUACGUUGAUUUAUGGCGCAUUGGUUUAUAGUUUAUGAAGGUAAAGCGGCUGAGUUCAGCUAACUUAGCAGAAUUGCUCUUCCAGGGGAAGGAAGUUUUUGCUGUGGCGGAGGAAACAUUAUAGGAAGCCGGGCAGGGCCGAACUAUCCCGACAUGGAGGACUCCGGCUCGGCCCUGGAGAAAAAUGUGGCCGACCUCACGGUGAUGGACGUGUACGACAUCGCCGCGGUGGUAGGCCAGGAGUUCGAGCGUAUCAUCGACCAGUACGGCUGCGAGGCUCUGUCCCGGCUGAUGCCGAAAGUGGUGCGGGUGUUGGAGAUCCUGGAGGUGAUGGUGAGCCGGAACAACAUCAGCCCGGAGACCGAGGAGCUGCGGCUGGAGCUGGACAAGCUGCGGCUGGAGCGGAUAGACCGGCUGGAGAAGGAGAAGAAGCACAGGAAGGAGCUGGAGCUGGUGGAGGACGUGUGGAGAGGAGAAGCUCAGGACCUCCUCUGUCAGAUCUCUCAGCUGCAGGAGGAGAACAAAAGCCUCCUCACCAACAUGUCCAUCAAAGACCCCAUGAGUGAGGAGGACCUGCAGAGGCAUGAGGGUAUGACGGAGAGAGAGAAGCAGGUGAUGAAGAAGCUUAAAGAAGUGGUGGACAAGCAGAGAGAUGAGAUUCGAGCCAAGGACCGAGAGCUGACCCUGAAGAGCGAGGACAUCGAAGCACUCCAGCAGCAGCAGUCUCGCCUCAUGAAAAUCAACCACGACCUGCGACACAAAAUCUCAGUGGUGGAGGCUCAGGGGAAAGCACUGAUUGAACAAAAGGUGGAGCUGGAGGCGGGUGCUCAGACGCGCGGGCAGGAAGUCGGCGCUUUGCGGCAGGAAGUCCAGCGCUUGAGGGAACGACUUCAAGGAGAUCAGGCUGCCCAGAACCCAGAGGACUCCCUGCCUCAGCCCCCCUCCCCUGCAGAGCGUGGUAAAGCUGCUGCAGCGAUGGGUGCUGAGGGCUGGUCAAACAGACCUGAGCCCUCUGAGCUGAUGGAGGGUGGGUUUGAACCUCCCCCACAACCCCUGCCUGGUUCCCUCAGCCCAGGGGGACCCUUGGAUGAGGAAGCUGAGGACGAGGCUGUGUUACUCUGGGAGGCGAUGUGCGAUGAGGACAUGCCUGCUGUGUUCCAAUAUUUUACUAAGGAGGCGUUGUGCGAGGAGGAGUCUGGAGGCCUGGACCCAAAGGACCCCAAUCGUCCCAGGUUCACCCUACAGGAGCUGAGGGACGUUCUCCACGAGAGAAAUGAGCUGAAGGCCAAAGUGUUCCUGCUGCAGGAGGAACUGGCCUACUAUAAAAGUGAGGAGACAGAAGACGAUAUCAUUACUCCCUCUCCGUCACCCUCACCUGAACCAAGGACUCGCUCCCGCACUACUACUCAGCCCGAGUCUGGAAUCAAACGCUUGAUCUUCACAGCCAUUAUGCCGAUGGUGGCUGCUGGUUUGAUCCCAGAUGACCCCACUUUACAGCCAAUCAGACGUCUCGUAUCUCUUGUUUAGUUUCUUCUCCCGGGACAAACAGCGGGGCACGCAGCGGAGCGCUCAGUUUGACGGCUCGUGGACGGGGAAGGACGACGUGUACACCGAACAAGCACAGGAGGCGUUGCAGCACAUGUAGUGACAAGUCAAACUCCAAAACUGUUUAACACUCCAUGUCCAUCACUCGACGCCGGCUCAGCUACUGCAAAUCAAAACCUCCACUACGAGACACACUGCAUCUAAGAUCUCAUUAUCAUCUCUGCUGGUUGAGAGAAGGUGAACGGAAAGAGGAGUGAAUGGAUGAACUUUUAGAGGGCUCCUUCUUAGAUAAAGAUAUUUAUAAAAGAACUUCCCCACAAGGUUUCUUAAAACGUCAUGUGAUUCUCAGUGAUUAAUUUCACAUUCAGACUGUAUAACUGUUACGUUCAGACAAAACACAAAGCACAUUUUCAUCCACAUACCAUGUAGACUCCUUAUAUACAAAAUGCUCUUCUUUUUUUAUCCUGUCUCUGGACACCACAACAAAAAUUAAGUUUUCUCCCCAUUUUCUGAAUGGUGCAAAACAUCAUGGCUUUCCGUUCAUUAUAUCACAAGUCACAUGAAACUUUAUCGUCACUGGAUUGCGACUAUACUUAGAAAUGUGUGUGAGAGCUUCAGACCUACAGCGUCACAAAAACAAUACAAGACGUAAAAGGUUUAACUUUAAAAAAAAUCAGGGUUAAAGGCAAGAGCAAGAUGAAGUGACAAACAAUAAUAAGAACAUAUGAUAAUAAUAAUAAAUUGGUCUUAUAUGGCACUUUUCUAGAUACUCAAAGAAGAUCCAUGAUAAAUCGUGUCGGAAUAAUAAUUAUUGCUACAUUGGAUACUUUUGCUCAAGUUAAAACAUUCAAGUCGUUUUCACAUAUGCACUCCUGAAAAUAUCUAGAUCAUUUCAGGAGAACUGUUUCAGGUUUUCUCCUGACCUGGCUGUUCACAUACGCUCCUCACACUAGGAGACUAUCCCUGUCAGACGGGAAGGGGGGGUGGGGGGGUCUCCCGAGGUAAGAUGUGACGUAAUAAAAAAAGACGUGGAAGUAGAGGACAUGCAACAGAGGCCGCUUUACGACGCUAUAAUGAGAAUGUUUGCCUUUAUAUCAAUGCUACUUAUAGUUUGAAAGGAAUCACAAUAUCAACAAAUGAGCGGAGAAGAACAUACUGGCAAAUAGAAAACUUAAUGCAGCAGUUUAGUUAUGUGUAUGGAGAUCGUGGCGGUCGCAUGCAUACACUCUAUGUACCGUGCAGUAGUAACAAUAUAGAAACGUCACUCCCUCUCCUAUUGGCUCGAGCUGAAUUCUCCAGAGAAUAUGCUGCGACGUUCUCACAUAAGCUCACUUGGACUUGCUGCGGAAAAAAUACGAGGGGUCUGGCAGGAGAAACUCCGGGUGAAGUACGAAUGAAAAAUGUAGCUCUUUGCGUUCACACAUACAGCUCCUCCGGAAAAUACCCUGAGUUUUUCAGGAGUUUUGUACGGGUGUAAAAGCCCUUAAUGUGUCUGCCAUGGUUCAGGAUAAAAAGGGGGGGUCCUUGGCUUCACACAGUAGAGAUUUUGCAUCUUUGCAUUGGCUGCGUAUAUUAUUACCCCACUGAAAAAUGUGCUUCUUGUUUGGUCUGACCUCGUAAAAGUAUUCUAAAAUAUUACAGGUGCUUAACAGUUAGCACUAGAAGAGAGAGUGAACUCAAGUUGUAUGAUGGAAAAUGGAAAGUCGUAAUCCAAAUGGUCAACGAUGAUGUUGUCUAAUGCCUGGAGUAUUCACAAGUGGUUGGAAAGAACAACAAAAAAAUGUGCUGCACAACUGAAUAACUGACUUUAAUAUUGCUAUAGAUAUAUGGGGUGCAUUGAACUAAUCUUAUAUCACAAUCCCUGUUCAAAUUAAAAGGCCAGUCUGCAAAGAAAACCAUUCAACAACACCAACAACUGAUCUUUAGAUUCCACUUUGCAGUACGUGGGUUUGUUUGAAAUGUGAUAUAGGCAGCUUGUAGGUCCAUCACCAGCAUAACUUUGCAGUUUAACAUAUCUAAAGAGCUCAGCCGUAUAAAGUGAUGCUUAAAAACACCUUUUUAAAGUUGUGUAUAGAAAUAGACAAAACAGAAACACUCAAAUGCUUUAUUUAUAAUGUAUGCCCUGUUUAAGUAUGGACGCCUAUUACUGCCAAGACAAGAAACACACACGUGGAUUAUUUGCCGCAAUUCAAAAUCACGGGGUUACAUUGGAAGUAAAACUGAAAUAUUCCUCAAAUUAUGUUUGAGUCAGAAAAGUAACAGCCUGGAUACAAAUUAAUCUCCAGAUUAUUUUAAUUGAAAUGGCAUUAUUUUAAAAUCAAGUCUGUUAUUUUUAAUCCCAAAAAAACGUUAAUUUUAUUUUGAGGUGAUUAUCAAACUCUAAAUACCAGACAAACAAAAUCUUGAUAUCAGUAUACUGAGAUAACAACAAUAGACUUCUGUUUUAAGAGAUAAAUCUCAUCAUAGGAGAAAACCAGUUGUUUCUUUGUGAUUGGUCGUCCCAGUAUGUUGAGAUAAACACGUUCUCUGGUGAUACAUUUGCGUAACUGAGAAAUGUAAACUGUAUGCUCACAAUAAUGUAACUUUGUAUCCGCAGGGUGAAAAAAUGUGUUAUCAUAAUCAAAUAAAACAAUAUUUGUUUACUUACAUUUUAAAUUGUGUUAUCUUCAGAAAACAAGUAGUUUUAAUGUCUGAAUGAUUAUCUGGAGGAACAAAAGUUUUCUUGCGUAAUGUCUUGUUUUAUCCUCAGAAAAUAGGUGCAUUCAAUGUAAUAAUCAAUUAAAAAACUCUAAUUGUCUUUUUAGUUCAUGAGAUUUUGAGAUAAAUUAAACCAUGAAGAAAAGAAAAUGCACAGAUAUUCUCUGCUUCUGUAGCUUCUGCUUCUCCACCUUGACUUCAAACUACGCAGACACUAAUACUUUACUUUCUGGUGUGACGAAGUGAAUUUGAAUAAUACCGGCACUUAAUCCUUGUCAAAUCUCAACUAACAAGCUGGAAUCAUGAAUGUCAAAUGAAGAAAACACUAUAAUCAGUGUGUUUUAAAGCAGCUCCCUUUGUUUAUUGUAUUUACUGACAAAAGAAGGAUAUUUAUUUCAUUUCUUACUAUACUACUGUACAGCGGACGCUCAAAGGGACCUGGACAAGGAUCAUUUACACCAUGAAAGAUCAAAAGGGAUUUUAUUUCUCAAACUGAGCAACCUGUCUGAAUGCUGACUCCCAUUCUUUAGCUCAUUCUUUAAGUCAGUGUUCUUGACCCACUCCUGUGUGUUUCCCUGUUCAAAUGCAUAUAUAAAAGAUAAAACAAAGAAAUGAGCGCUUUGCUUAACAAGCUGGCUGUCCCCCUCCAUAAUAAAACCAUUCUGAAAUGUU